AUGCUCUCACGUGUUGCUGCAGUGGAGGCACCCCGCACACACAACCGUCGCCGCGUGGCCGGAUCCGGCGGAAGGAGGAGGGAAGGAAGAGAGAGUGAGCCGCAGAGGCCCCACAUUUCCCGGCGUGUGUUUGCUUCCGCGGUGCUGCCCCUCGUCGUGAUGAUGUGCUGCGGCACUGGGGUUGCGCAAGGUGAUGGGCCACCGCUGUCUCAGGAAGCUGUACCGAAUUCACCUUUUGGUUGGAGAGAUGCGAAAGGUGACGAAACAGUGAGUUUGCUCCGUGUUCCCGGUCUUGUUGAGAUAGAUGGUGAUGUGUUUGCCGUUGCCGAGGCGCAAUGCACGAAGGGAGACAGCGGUUUUACUGGGAUUGCCUCGGAGUUGUUGACGUUGACUGAUGAUAAGCCAAAAGAGAACUUGGAUAAGAAUAACUUGAAGACACAAGUACCGGAGGGAUGUAUAUUUGAAGGAGGGAAAUGUCCUGCCGAUAGAAAAGAGAACUGCGCCUGCCGUACAGCGGGUCAGGAUGAUCCCCAAAGCAAGACUAAAGUACAUGUGAGCCGACCAACAACAGUUGUGAAUGGAAAUGAUAUUUACAUGCUUGCUGGGAACUACAGUUGGGCAUACGCCGAAAAUGAUCAGGCAGUUGACUGGGGACUCAUGCUGGUGAAAGGUAACGUAAGUAACGAAGACAGUAACAGAAGAAUCUUUUUGAAUGACAGUUACUUUAUCCCGUGGAAUUAUAAAAACAAACAACACGAAUCUUUGAUGCGUCUAAUUGGCAGCGGUGGAUCGGGGGUUAAGAUGAAGGACGGUACGCUUGUGUUCCCAGUGGAAGGCACGAAAAAGGAUGGAAAGGCCGUUUCGCUGAUCAUACGCUCCUCGGAUGCUAAGAGUUGGAAACUGUCGAAUUGGAUGUCUGCCGAUGGCUGCAGUGAUCCCUCCGUUGUGGAGUGGAAGGACAAAAAACUCAUGAUGAUGACAGCGUGUGGUGAUGGCCGCCGCAGGGUGUACGAGUCCGCUGACAAGGGGGAUUCGUGGACGGAGGCGCUCGGGACACUCUCGCGCGUGUGGGGCAACAAACACAAGCUUGAAAACGUGAAACUCGCUAGAAGCGGUUUCAUCACAGCGACGAUUGAGGACAGGGACGUGAUGCUCGUUACUCUGCCGGUGUAUUCAAGUAAGGAUGAAAAAGAAACGGACAAUGAAAAAGGCGUACUCCAUCUUUGGCUGACGGACAAUACGCACAUUGUUGAUAUUGGGCCGGUAUCCGGGGAAGGAGACGAUGAGGUUGCCUCCAGCUCCCUGUUGUACAAAAGUGGAGAUAAUAAUGAGCUGAUUGCACUGUACGAGAAGAAGAAUGGCGAUGAGGAGGAAUCACUCGGUAUGGUCUCUGUGCGUCUGACUGAGCAGCUGGAGAAGGUAAAGGAUGUGCUGGCGACGUGGAAGGAAGUGGACGAAACUGUCUCCAAGCUGUGCGCCACUUUACUUGCUGAGAAGGAUCCCUCAACUGACAAUGGCUGCAGCGCUGUUAUUAAGAUCACGGAUGGGCUGGUUGGCUUUUUGUCCGGCAACUUCUCUGAUAACACAUGGAGGGACGAGUACCUCGGGGUGAACGCCACAGUAAAGAACGGUGCAGCAGCGCAUAACGGAGUAACAUUUAAAGGACGUGGAGCGUGGGCGGAGUGGCCCGUUGGCGUGCAGGGGGAGAAUCAGCUGUACCACUUUGCGAACUACAAGUUCACUCUUGUGGCGACGGUGUCCAUCGACAAGGUGCCGGAGGAGGGAGAUACCCCCAUUCCAUUGAUGGGUGCGAAGAUGAAGGGUGCGGGGAAUUCUGUGUUCCUGGGGCUGUCGUACAACAACAACGGAAAGAAGUGGAUAUUACUCUGCGGUGACGGAACGAAUUCUGGGGAGCACAGCAGCAAUUGGGAAUCGGGGACGAAACGCCACGUGGUAAUUUUGCUACGGAACGGCAACCAGAGCUCCGCGUACGUCGAUGGUCAGCGUGUGGGUGUGGGUGCGUCGUGUGCAUUGGGAAGCACUGAAUCCCAAGAGAUCUCCCACUUUUACAUUGGAGGGGAUGGAGGCAGCUCAGGGAGCAAGGGAAGCCGUGGAGUCGUUCUUGUGACGGUGACGAACGUCCUGCUGUACAACCGCCCGUUGACUUCCGAAGAGAUUGGCGUCCUUAACCCGAAUAAAGCCCUCAUUUCACCUUUGAAAGAGGAGCCGUCGACGCCUUCACCAGUUCCUUCUGCUUCCGUUGUGCCUCCCACUCCUCUGGUGGCCGCAACUGCUCAGCAAACCGGAAAUUCGUCCACUCCCGACGGAACACAUCGGACGGAACAGGGGCAGCCGAUUGGGAACAGUGGUGCGGACAGUGGCAGUGCAUCCGCAUCAGCGGCGUCCACUGUCAGUAUUCCAUCUGCAGAAAAGGACUCCGUAAUGCAGUCGGCGUCAGGAAAAUCUUCCGAUGGAGCUCAAACCGUGGAUGGCGGUUCUACUGCUGAUGGCGACCCAACGGUGGAGAAAAGAGAAGGAACGGAUGCGCAGAAGGAAGAGGGAAUCCAUCCACAGGUCAGAGAAGUAAAUGCUACGGCACUCAACAGCAGCCUCGGAAGUUUUCCGCAGGGGAAUAACAGUGAUGCCGGCACCAUGCGUGGGAGCGGACUGCUACCAUCGCUGCUUCUUCUUCUGUUGGGACUGUGGAGGCUUGCGGCUCUGUGA